CCCAUUUGCAAAAUCGGCAGUUGCAGGAGCUGUUCUGCAGAGCAGCCUCUUUUGUGCGCGUGUUGCUGCGCGCUGCUGCGCUCUUGCAGGCGGCGGCGCAUCGGGAGGGCUUGUGGAGCCUGAAAAACGUAUUUUUCAAAUAAAAUUCCCGCCGCCGGAGAACAAAUGAGCGACAGCAAAGAAGAGGUCACCGAGACGAAAACCCCCGACCUCAUGGAAGCGUGUGGGUCCUUGCUGGAAGCGCCAGAUGGCCUUUCCGGGUUUCACGACAUGGAAGGCAUCUGCGAGAUCAGCCACCACCCGGAAGGCCCGCCGAGCCUCCUCCCCAUCUUGGACGAAGGCGGCUCCAUCGAAGGGACGUCCUACAUCUGCACCGAAUGUGGGAAGAGCUUCUGCAGCAUCUCGAGCCUCAUCAGCCACCAGAAGAGGAACCACUCGGGGGAGAAGCCCUACAAGUGCUCCGACUGCGGGCGCAGCUUCCACCAGAGCUCGGACCUCGUGAAGCACGAGCGGAUCCACACGGGCGAGAAGCCGUACCAGUGCUCUGUGUGCGAGAAGCGCUUCAACCAGCGCUCCUACCUGAUCGUCCACGAGCGCUUCCACACGAAGGAGAAGCCCUACAAGUGCUUCCUGUGCGGGAAGAGCUUCUGCUCCAACGCCCACCUCAUGACGCACCAGAGGACCCACACGGGCGAGAGGCCUUACCAGUGCCCUGACUGCGGGAAGCGGUUCAGCACCAGCUCGAACUUCGUCAACCACAAAAAGACGCACACGGAGGAGAAGCCGUUCAACUGCUCCCUCUGCGAGAAGAGCUUCAAGCGCAGCUCGAACCUGAUCCAGCACGAGAGGACGCACACAGGAGAGAGGCCCUACACCUGCCUCACGUGCGGGGAGAGCUUCGCCUCCAACUCGGGCCUCGUGAAGCACCAGAGGAGCCACACGGGCGAGAGGCCUUACAAAUGCUCCUACUGCGGGAAGAGCUUCAGCCAGAGCAUGAUCCUGACGCAGCACGAGAGGACCCACACGGGCGAGAAGCCGUGCAAGUGCCUCGUCUGCGGGAAGAGCUUCCGCUCCAGCUCCGACCUCGUCAAGCACAAGAGGAUCCACACCGGGGAGAAGCCCUACAAGUGCUCGCUGUGUGGGAAGAGCUUCACCACCAGCUCGGACGUGGUGAAGCACGAGCGGACCCACACGGGGGAGAAGCCCUACAAGUGCGGCACCUGCGGGAAGAGCUUCAGCCAGAGCGCCCACCUCAUGCAACACCAGAGGAUCCACACGGGGGAGAAGCCGUACAUGUGCCUCGUCUGCGGGAGGUGCUUCACCUGCAGUGCGCACCUCGUGGUCCAUAAAAGAACCCAUAAAGACCGGGAGGCUUUGCAAGCCUAAACUGUUCUGGCGUUUAGGGUUUUUUUGGGGGUGCGGGGUGGGGAGUGCUUCCUGCGGGAUGGGGAAUGGAAACGGCUUUACUCCCUGGUCUGACAUAGUUGAGCAGCAAAGAUCCCCUUCAAAAAAAAGAGAGGGAAUCUUAGGAGCGUACUAUGCAGUUGCUUAACCCAGACCUUUAUAAAACAACGUAGAGCCUGUUUUUAGAGGAAUGCGUGAAGCAGAAAAACUUAGUAACCAAUUUAAUCGUAUUAUGCAUGGGGGAAAAAAUCCUGCCCGGCUAGGAAAGAAGCCAUAACAUUUCCACACAGGCCUGUUCCUGUACUUCGCUGAGUAACGAAGGCGGUAACGGCAAGGUGAACCUAACCAGUUUUCCCAGAGUUUUGGGUCACAGACUGCCUUCCCACUUGCAUCCAGUCCAAGGGGUGGCGCUGUCUGCCGGCUUCCUCCUCCUCGGUCUCAGUGUGGCCCUUGUAGAACUCAGCCGCGAGUAAGAGGGGAUCAAGGCCAGCGUUAGUUGGCUGUGCAUGUCGCUGGCUCUCUGGCGCCACCUACUGUGGGCCUCCCUGCCUUCCGCCCUACCCAUAUCAAUGGAACCCAGCGACGCAUUCAUGCA